AGGAAGACCGUGCGCGUGCCCAUCAGGUCUAUGGGUCGGGAACGCGACGCCGUGCGCGCUCCCUUGUGAAGGCGAAUGCGGAGCCGAGAGACACUUCAUAGUUAUUUUGUGUAGUUUUUUUUUUUUUUUUUAACCUCCACAACGCAAAAAUCACGGAGCGGAACAAAAAUUUCACGCCCCGUUGGGUCGCCUAGCUACCGGUGACAACUGAGGAUAUUCACGGAGACACACAGGAGGAUGCAGUGUAGACUCAGCUGGUGACUAGUCUGCAGGCUCUCCAAGUCUUUUGUCCCUGGAGCAAGCCAGUUGGGGAGCAAAUUCCUGUGCUCCCUUCUCUCUCACUUUGUCUGGACAAACCCGAAUGCCUGUUAUUGGAGUACACAGCUAAUUUUUGCCUGUGUUGUUUGGCUCAACACAGCUCAUCUCCCAACUGAGGAGAGCGCAGCAGCAGCUGCACACGAUUCAUCUUUUACAGACCAAACCCCUCCUGGCCCUGUCCAAACAGCUCUGCCACCAUGGUGCUGUCACAACGGCAACGAGACGAACUAAAUCGAGCAAUAGCUGAUUAUCUACGUUCUAAUGGGUAUGAAGAAGCAUAUUCCACUUUUAAGAAAGAGGCGGAGUUAGAUAUGAAUGAAGAAUUGGAUAAGAAGUAUGCAGGCCUUUUGGAAAAAAAGUGGACCUCGGUCAUCAGAUUACAAAAGAAGGUGAUGGAACUUGAAUCCAAAUUGAAUGAGGCUAAGGAAGAGAUUACCUUGGGAGGACCUGUCACUCAGAAACGCGACCCCAAAGAGUGGAUCCCACGGCCGCCAGAAAAGUAUGCACUGAGUGGCCACCGCAGCCCAGUCACUCGUGUUAUUUUUCACCCAGUCUUCAGUGUCAUGGUGUCGGCGUCUGAGGAUGCCACAAUAAAGGUCUGGGAUUAUGAGAUGGGUGACUUUGAGCGCACACUGAAGGGCCACACAGAUUCAGUACAGGACAUCUCCUUUGACCAGACUGGCAAGCUGCUAGCAUCCUGUUCUGCAGAUAUGACUAUAAAGCUGUGGGAUUUCCAAGGGUUUGACUGCAUCAGGACUAUGCAUGGACACGACCACAAUGUUUCAUCUGUAGCCAUCAUGCCAAAUGGAGAUCACAUCAUUUCUGCCUCAAGGGACAAAACCAUAAAAAUGUGGGAAGUAGCAACAGGCUACUGUGUGAAGACCUUCACGGGACACAGAGAGUGGGUCCGAAUGGUUCGGCCUAACCAAGAUGGCUCACUGAUUGCCAGCUGCUCCAAUGACCAGACAGUGCGUGUGUGGGUUGUGGCCUCCAAAGAGUGCAAGGCUGAACUGAGGGAGCACGAACACGUGGUAGAGUGCAUCUCUUGGGCACCAGAGAAUGCCUACCCCACUAUCCUAGAUGCCACAAGCUCUGAGACAAAGAAGACUGGUAAACCAGGCCCCUUCCUACUGUCUGGCUCCAGAGACAAAACCAUCAAGAUGUGGGAUGUUAGCAUUGGCAUGUGCCUUAUGACACUGGUGGGCCAUGACAACUGGGUGCGUGGAAUCCUCUUCCACCCUGGAGGCAAGUUUAUUGUGAGUUGUGCGGAUGACAAGACCUUAAGGGUCUGGGACUACAAGAACAAGCGCUGUAUGAAAACUCUGGGUGCCCACGAACACUUUGUUACCUCUCUGGAUUUCCACAAGGCUGCUCCUUAUGUGGUGACUGGGAGUGUAGACCAAACAGUAAAAGUGUGGGAGUGCCGCUGAUUUGAACCGUGGAAGAUUGGACCACCAGCCCAAUUAUAUUGGCACUCCUCUGGACCCCACCUCCACUCCUGCCAUCCUACAUCCUACUACUGCCCCUUUCAUUUAACCCCUCCCCCCACAUACUCUCUUCAUCUCCUCCAGCUGCACUUAACCUCCACGAUUACGUACCCGCUGCACUCUUUGGUCCAGCAACCUUUGUCCAUCAUUGUAAAUUAUUUCUGGAUGUAGACUGAGCUAUUAAAUGUUACACAAAAAAGUAUUCUUGCAUGGUAAUCCAAAAUUGUAUACUGUAAAUUUGCAUAACAUUGUCUAGAAGUACCAUAGGUUUAACAUGGGGCUGUCUGUCGCACAGCCUUACCAAACAACUGAAGGCAGACGUUUUUGUUGACUGGGUGUAAAAAUGUAGAAAUGACAGUCUUUGAGUUUAAGAUUUAUUUUUGUCUUUUUUUUUUUUUUUUAGAAUGGUUUUCUCUGUUUCUUUCUGUUGCUGUUGUAGUCUGUUGGUGCCUAGCUUGGUGAGCUUUGGAAAGAUGAGGCAGGAGAAGCAUAUACGUGAUAAAGUUGUCUAGUGAGCAUUGUUAUUCAAAUAACUUGUAGCUUUACAACAUGACUUCUGAAGUGUGGAACCCAUUUCUCUUCAUGUGGAACUAGGUAACUUUUAAUGGCUGUAUAUAUGAUUGUUUCAUACUGUUCUUAGAUCUUGGGGGCUGAAACAUGUUUUGUGAUUCUGUCAUGGCAGCACAUUGUCUGUGAGCAAGGAACUAAUAGUAGGCUUUGAAAUACUGUGCUCUGUAAUGAAGACAUUUAAAUGUCUUCUUGAUUUCCACUGACAUUUUGUUUGUAUGUCAGUGUUCCAAUUUCCCAAAAGCGUGUUUGGUGUUUGCUGCCAGCAUCCUGUGUUUCUGUAGUACCUGAGCUUUUGCUGGAGUCGAGGAUUACUCAUUUUGUAAUCUCCAGCACUGGAAAAGGCCCCAGGAUGUCUCCUUGUCACAGGUUUCCUCUGACAAGGAAAGACUGUUAAUAGGAGACAUCUGUUAAACCGAAUCCUUAGUCCAUUUACACUCUCCUAUCGAAUCAGCCAUCAUAGGAAUUGUGUGUACCAGUGGAAUUAUGUGCAAGUUGCCUACAGUGCCUCUGAAUGCUGAGCGUGGCUAAACGUGAGCUUCAUCUACACUGGCUUUGUCACAUAUAAACAUAGGCGUGACGAGGAGUCAAAAUCAGCCCCCAGGGUGUGUUGUCUGGGAUGUGCAACGAUACCCAAUUUUUCAAAGUAGUUUUGGAGUAAUAAUUUGAUUUUGAAAUGUAAAUUUUGCUAGUGAAUGGGAGCUCUGACAAUUUUCUUUUUUAUAGUUGCACAAAAGGAUGAACUGGAUGGAGAUUCGGUUUGGAAAAGCUAAUGGCAGAAUGCUGAGUGACGUGGUGAUGCUGGAGAUGUUUUUUAUUGCAGAGUUCCUCACUGUCAGCUUUGUCUUUGCUUCUAGUCUAGACUGGAACUGGGUGUGUGGACCAGGGAGGUGCUGAAGCCAGAGCAGUGAGGAUCUCUACAAGCAUUCCCCACAAAUGCAGUUAUUCUGGGUGGCUUUCCUCAAGUGUUCAGUUUUGAUCUUUGUGGAGGUGUUAACUGUAAACCAGUGAGUGCCGUACAAACUAACACACAUUGAUGGAAUAAUGCAAAGGAUGUGGUCUCAAUAUAACUAACAAGGUGAAGCAUUUGCACAUCCCUGUUUUCAUAAAAUCUUUACUCCUCAAAGGUGAUGUGAAAAUUGGUGAUAUAAUUUGUUCAUUAGCCUUUUCAUUCCAAUGCAUUUCUUGGCUAUUAAAGAAUUCCACAGCUGA